UUUCUUUACAUUUCUAGACCCUACGAUCUGGUCAAUUUCGAGCUCAUCUAAUGCAGCUUUCUUCACCAAAGUUUCCUGUGGUUGUCAAGAUUGGGCAUGCUCAUAAUGGCAUGGGCAAGGUUAAAGUCGAAGGCCAUAGUGAUUUUCAAGACAUCGCCAGUGUUGUUGCUAUUACAAACUGCUACGCUACUACCGAGUCGUUCAUUGAUUCUAAGUAUGACAUCCGUGUUCAGAAGAUAGGUUCAAAUUACAAGGCGUUCAUGAGAACAUCCAUAUCUGGAAACUGGAAGGCAAACACGGGAUCAUCAGCUGUGGAGCAGAUUGCAAUGACUGAACAGUUCAAGCUAUGGGUGGAUGAAACUAGCGAACUUUUUGGUGGAUUAGAUAUUGUUUCCGUUGAGGCUAUUCACGGGAAAGAUGGCAAGAACUACAUAAUAGAGGUCAACGAUUCAUCAAUGCAACUUAUUGGUGAGAACCAAGAGGAAGACAGAAAGCACAUAGCUGACUUGGUCUUGCAAAAGAUGAAUGCCAAUGUUACGCAUUCAGCACCAGUUUUAACCAGUGCAUCAAGUUUGCCAAAUCUGCAACGAACUUCACAGAGCAAUAGUCCUAACACGUCAAAGGUUGGGACACCGACAUCCAAUCAGAAACCUACUCUGUCUGGUACACCAACAAAAACCCAAUCAAACCCACCACCCCUGCCGACACUGGACCUUCAUGAUGAGGAGGACACUCUCACCAAUCUCAAGAAAACGUUUGCCACGAUCUUUGGUGAUUUAUAAUCUGUAAAUUUGACUAAAUAAUUUAAAUAUGACUGUAUGUGUUAUUAGAAAUCUGAAAAUGGAUGUUGGAUCAGUAAUCCAUGGUUAGUGUUCUGAUAGCCUGUAAAAAAGAAAAAAAAAGCAAUAUGGAAACAAUUCAUUGAAAAAAAAACCCCAAUUGAGUCGUCCUUUACAUUUGAGAUAAACUACAUUGAAACACAUUUGAGCACAUGUCAUGCCUUACGGACUGUCUGUGAUAUCAAAUGGUUAGCUUAUCCAUAAAUUUAAGUCCUUAGGGGUUUUAAGAAAACAUAAAAAAGACAAGUCUAAAAUUUAAUAGAUGUCAGCAGGAAAAUCCAAAUCACUCAGCAGAGUGAUCACAAUCUUUUUUUAGCACUUGCCAGAUUCAUCUAGCCUCCUUGAGAGGUGUGAAGUUUGUAUGAAAACAUCU